GGGGUCGCGCCCGCCCGCCGCUCGCCGCUUUCCCGGGGAUUGCUACUCCGCUUUGAACUUAAAUGAACUAGCCCCGGACCGCGGGAGGAGGAGGAGGAGGAGGGAGAGCCGCGUCCUCUGCGCCUUCUGCCGCCUGGCCGCCGGCCGCACCUUGCUCCAGCACCCCCUCCCCGCCGCCGGGGAUGCUCUGAGCCCUCCCAGCCAUGACACCCACCUGCCCCCCGGCGCCGCCAGUCCCUCGCUCCCACGGACUCUGCUGACUCCGCCAGCCCCGCCGCCCCGGCCCCCAAGGCCGGCGCAGCCCUCCCGCCCCCCGGAAAGUACUUCGCUGCCCGCUCCGCCGGGCAGGGGGCCCAGCGCACCCCGCCGCUCCCCUCCUUUCCUCUCCUUGUGUGCUUUUUUGUUUUGUUUUGUUUUCGUUUGUUUUGGUUUUUUUUUUUCUCCCCUAAGUCUUGAAGUUGAGUUUUAGAGGCGACACGGCGGCUUCAGCCGAUUUCUUCCCCUUCCUUUGCCUCCCCAUGGAUAUGCACUGCAAAGCAGACCCCUUCUCAGCAAUGCACCGGCACGGGGGUGUGAACCAGCUCGGGGGGGUGUUUGUGAACGGCAGGCCCCUACCUGACGUGGUGAGACAAAGGAUAGUGGAGCUGGCUCACCAGGGGGUGCGACCCUGUGACAUUUCCAGGCAGCUGCGGGUCAGCCACGGUUGUGUCAGCAAGAUCCUGGGCAGGUAUUACGAGACGGGGAGCAUCAAGCCCGGCGUGAUCGGCGGCUCCAAACCCAAAGUAGCCACCCCCAAAGUAGUGGAUAAAAUCGCCGAGUACAAGAGACAAAACCCGACAAUGUUCGCCUGGGAGAUCCGGGACAGGCUACUGGCCGAGGGCAUCUGCGACAACGACACGGUCCCCAGCGUCUCCUCCAUAAACAGGAUCAUCAGAACCAAAGUUCAGCAGCCUUUUCACCCAACACCAGACGGGAGCGGGACAGGUGUGACUGCACCAGGACAUACUAUUGUGCCCAGCACAGCAUCCCCUCCCGUCUCCAGUGCCUCCAAUGAUCCAGUGGGCUCUUACUCCAUUAACGGGAUCCUGGGGAUUCCUCGGUCGAAUGGCGAGAAGAGGAAACGUGAUGAAGAUGUAUCCGAGGGCUCAGUUCCCAAUGGAGAUUCCCAGAGCAGCGUGGACAGUUUGCGGAAGCACCUUCGUGGCGACACUUUCACCCAGCAGCAGCUGGAAGCUUUAGAUCGAGUUUUUGAGCGUCCUUCUUACCCUGACGUCUUUCAAACAUCAGAGCACAUCAAAUCUGAGCAGGGUAAUGAGUACUCCCUCCCAGCUCUGACCCCUGGUCUCGAUGAAGUCAAAUCAAGUCUAUCCACCUCUGCUAACCCAGACCUGGGGACAAAUGUGUCAGGACCCCAGACGUACCCUGUGGUGACCGAAAACCUCUCCUCUCCCCUCAGUAUAAAGCAAGAGCCUCAUGGAGCCUCUCUCACCCCUUUCACCCCCACCACGCCGGUCGGCUCUGGGCAGGCUGAUCUUCAGCCCUUCCACAUGGCCCUUUCAGACGAUGCGUCCACGCCCUGCUACAGUGCCUUCCUUCAUCAUGGUGCCCACUUUGGGCAGUCCAGCAGCCAGCCUCUGAUAGCAGGUCGUGAUAUGGCAAGCACCACCUUGCCUGGCUACCCACCCCAUGUUCCCCCAACUGGACAAGGCAGCUACCCAACCUCAACUCUUGCAGGAAUGGUUCCUGGGAGCGAGUUCUCAGGGAACCCCUAUAGCCACCCUCAGUACACAACCUACAACGAGGCCUGGCGGUUCAGCAACCCUGCGUUACUAAGUUCCCCUUAUUAUUAUAGUGCCACAUCCCGGGGCUCCGCACCUCCCACUGCUGCCGCUGCCUAUGACCGCCACUAGUUACCAUGGAAACCACAUGAAACUGCAGGGCGACAGCUUAGGCCUCCACAUUGUACCUGUCUGAUCACCUCCCUCAUCCCUGGGAAGGGUGAAGAGACCUUCUCCGUUCCUCCCCACAGUCCAGUUCCUUCCUCUUCGCCAUGAAGGCGCCGGACCAAGCGCUCACCACAUGAGACUGAGAUCCCCUCCCUCCCCCUGCCCUCCGCCCCGACCGCUUCCCCCACGCCGGGAACAGCCUGCGGCCAAGUGGCUUCUCCUGUGGGAGCCCUCCAAUGCCCCUGGGUAAAGCUCAGCCACAUGAAGUCCACUCGGCUUCCAGAACUCCAGGGGGACUGGGAAGCAAUGCAGAUGGCAACCAUUGCCUUACAGGACCCCUUUCUGGGAGCGGUAAGGGCCAGGGAAACAGGGGAGAAUGCCGCUCAUGAAACACUGUUCCCCAAAGAUAUACUCUUCUGUGGUGGACUCUUGAUGUGUGUAACCUGUGAUGGUCACCCUGUUCCCAGGACAGAGGGAACAGUCUGGCUAGAGCAGAGAUGGCAGUACAGAGCCCUGGCCCAUCUGGCAAUGAAGAAAGGACCAAGUAAUGAUCUGCACCCCAUGAGGGGUUCUCUGUGCACCUCAUCCCCACUCUCCAGCACGGAUUCCCCCAGAGUUGGCUGCACCUCACGGGUGGUGACUUUGCAGGCCAGAAUUGGGAGGAACCUCACACAUACACCCACAAUUUCUGUGACACACAAUCAGCUCAGACAGGAGGAUGGAGCAACAUUUACAAACAAACCGACGAAAUGAAGAAAUAUAUAAAUAGAUAUAUAAAUAUAACUGUGUUUUUAUGCUUUGUCAUGAAGGUCUGUAAAAAGGAACAAAAAAAUCCCCAAUUUUCUAAAAAACCCAAGUGAACAAAACCAACAAAAAACCCAAAAUAAUAAUUAAAAACCCUACAAAAAUAAAACUCCAAGUCCCAUCCCUCCCCACCACCUGAAUGGCAGACAAGUUCCUCUGACGUUUGAUGCUCCUCUUUCACUCUAGGGUUUUGUUUCCUUUCUGUUUUGCACUACAGUGGGAUGGUGGUAUUGGAGAGGAUUGGAUGCCAGCUCCACCCGGGAGCCUCCUCCUCCUCCCCCUUUCCCAAAAUCCUGUCUCUGGGGAGCAGUGUGGACAAGUCACAUCUGACAAAGUUACCAAACACAUCAGUCGACAAAAAAAGCACUCUGAGUCAACAAACGUUUUCCAUGUCACUGGUUGGCAAACAAAGAAAACAAGCCCAGCUGCGCUCUAACUGCGCUGUGUGGUGGAAAGUGUGGGGCUUCAUCUGGGCCCAUCUGAUUGCCCUCUGGACAGCUGAGACUGAGAUGGACAAAUUCAGGAUUGGCUGGGAUUAUUGCUUGGUUCCCUAGCCCUUAGCCUUCAGUCCUUUUACCUUAACCUCUACUCAUGACGACUUCAGUUCACCCACAUCCCAACUUUUGCAAUUUUAGAUAUGCCCAACACCCAUUCUCUGCUGCCGGUGACAACAACCUCAUUAUCUGUGCCCAACACCUAAUUUCCUAAUCACUAUAGCCCUGCUAUAUGGGCCCCCCUUUGAUUCCCAGUCCAUCUGCUCAUACACCUAGUAAUUUAUAGGCCCCACUCAAACACAUAUGCCUGCAUCCUACCAGCCAGUUCCAACAUACAGCCCCAUCUUUUCAUGUUCAAUCCUAUAUUGUGCAUCCUAAUAGUUACCCCUUAUCCCAAAUGCUCACCUGAUGAUUCUCUAGGGAUUCUCUGCUCUUUUUGGUUCCCAAGUGACUGACAAACACUGUUCUGCAAAAGGCUAACUGUCAAUAGAAAUGCUUAUUACUUCUGUAUUGUCAGCAAACUCAUAAACUGUUCCUUGCACUGACACUUCCUAAAAAAUUACUCAAAGAAAACAUGAAGGCAGCUAUAGCCUGCCCCCAGGGCAUCAAGUCUGCCAAAGUAGAUCCUUGUUGUUUUAGAGAGGUUUCAGAUAAAACUCAUGGGCUAUUGUCCGUGGACAAAGACAGGAUUGAGAAUAAAACCCCCAAAGGGCAUAGAAAUGAACAGUGGAGCAAUCUGUACAGCCAACAUCAUGUAUAAAAUCCAAAGUUCAAAGCCUCUGAGGAGAUGUGGUAGUGGACUCUAUUCUGUCUCCAAGUUAAACUUGUAUGUAUGAAAUCCACCAUCAGUAAACAGCUGUGUUGAUCCCAAAGGCCCCUUUCACCUCACUCUUUUAGCCUUUGCAUGGAUUUAGCUGAUUAUAUGUCCGUGUCUUCUUUAAUGGGGUGCCCAAAUGAUAAGGGAAUUUGGGGAGAUGUUUACAUAGAAGAUAUAGAGCUAAAAUCUGUUCCUAUGCAGAAUAAAAUCAAAGAGGUUACUCCUGAUCUGUUAAAAGUGUCAUUCUGCACAUCUUACCUCUGAGUAACCUGCUGCAAAUAGCAGAGUUAUUACACUAUCACCGAGACCAGAAUUUGGCCUGUUAUCCCAUCUUAUUCUUUGAGAGAAGAAAAUUCUGUGCAAUUUCUAAAAAUAUACUUUCACCACUCCUCCUGUUUUCCUUCACAGACAUCAGAUAGAUGCUGAACCCUGUUAGUAGUGUCUCACUUUUAGUCUCUCAGUACAACCUUUGCUCUAUUUGUGCACCACCCAGAUUCACUCAGCAGGUGGUCAGGGCAGAGGCAGUAAAUCCCAGGACCAACAAGGAGGAGGUCCUGAGGAGACUGAAGAAAAGAGACUCUCACACCUCCCACUUGGCCACCUGCAGCCCAGGGGCCAGUUUGAGAAAAGCUAGCAGCUCAGAAAUGCUUAUUUUUAUAAUGGUGUUUUGCUAAACUUGAGACAUGAGCUAGGGUCUGAAAGCAGGAUUUAGUUGGCUCACUCAUGGCUGGCUUCAUUUGACCCUUGGAGGGCCAAAUCUGUUGUUGGUUUAACUCCACUGAUGAAAGAGGAUUUCCACCAGGCAUUGGAUUGGUUUGGAAAGUUCAUAAGUACAGCAUGUAGUUUGACUUGGAAAAUUAAAAGGAAAGCAGAAUUAUGCAAAAAACUGGGCAGUCUAAUCCUCUUCCACCACCAUCUGUAGACCCUCAUGCGAAUGUACUGAAUUACAUUUGCCAAAGAGUUUCUUGUGUUGGUUGUUUUGAUUUACAGUCGGUGGAUGCAUUGUAAAGCAGUAUUAUAGCCCAAGUCUAGUAGCUGACGUGGGGAUUUAUGUGGUGAUAUUAUGCAGAAGAAAACCAUCAAUAUUCAUAUAGAUUCCAUUAGACUGGACUAUGCAGGAAACGCAAAAAUUCUACCAAUUAUUUAAUAUUAUGUUAUUUGCAAAAAACAAUUGCUGCUUUGUAGGAAGAUAAUGUGUGUAAUGUGAAGGCAAUUCCUCUUGUAUAUAAGUUCAUCUCCAUCUUCAUCAUGGUAGUUAUUAAAACAGCCUCGUCUCAUCCUGUAGAUAAGGAACACGCUGUGUGUACUGUGCAAGUCUCGUUGUGCUCACUGAAAACAAAACGAUGUGUUCAAUAAAGCACAGCACAAAUUCAGAACCUGAGGGAACAGCCAAACCUUGGAAGGACCCCUUUCCCCAACAGGCCAACAGUUGCUUCUGUAUAAGUGGAAUUUUUUUUAUUUUAUUUUUAUUUUCCUUUAAAAAAUUUUACAGGAAAAAAAUGAAAAAGGAUUGGAGGAAGAAAUCAUUAUGCAAAAUCCAGUGAAGUCUGACUCAAACCUCUCCUCGAUUCUGCUGUGUCUUACCCUUCCCAUAUUUCUUUCUCACACCCUCUUUCCAUUCAAUUUCUAUCCCUCUCUUUUAUUAUUUCUCAUUCCCAAUGCACUUUUCUAUCCAGGGAGGGAACAGCAUUAUCGAUAUGGGAGCGGGUAUCUGGAACCUCAAACUCCCCAGUUCUCUCUAUCGCUCUAGAAAACCUUUGUCAAAUCCAAUUUCCCCCUCUACCUCAGUUCCAACCCUCUGUAAAAUGGGAAUAACAACAGUUUCUAGUUCACAGGGGGAUUGCGCAGCUGAAUCAAUUAGCACUGCCUCAGUGCUUUGAGAUUCUGGAUAGAAAAUUCUAUCAAACUGUUAAGUAUUAUUGUGAAUAAUAAUUAAUGUUUCCAUUACAUUUCUCUCUUUUCCUUUUUCUCACAACUCAUCCUUUGUUUUUUUAUUAUUCUUCUUAGCUCUCCCUUCACUUCCUCCUUCUCCUAUCAUUCUUAGUUUUGCUGCUAUGUUUGCUUUAUCUAAUGGACCAAGCACAAAUGUGAACCUGGAUCUCCUUCUGUCUCAACCUGAUCAUGGGGGAAGAAUCUUGUGAGCUCUCGAAUGCCAUGCUUGGCAACAGGGACCAUGGCAUUUAAAACUGGCAGCACUUUUGAGUCCUGUUCUCUGAAGCUCCCGUGUCCUUUUGGCCCAACAGGAUGUGGGGCAAGACACAGGAAAGGGUUGCAUGAGGUGGAUGCAUUAAAGCUGACACUGGUGUGGCCUGUAAAUGUGUUGGGGAGGGUUGGUGGCAAUGAGCCCUGCUGUGGUAACAGAAGUUUGCAUGCUUUCUGACCCAUCGGUAGCGAUGAAUCAACCUCAGAGUACAACUGCAGAAUUAAUCACACCAUGAAUGUGAGGACGUUAAACAAACAAGAAAAGGAAAACAAAAAAACCCUGCACCUCUUUCUUCUCUUGAGUAUAUACUUAUAUAUGCAUAUUAACAUUUUCCUAAAGGAAUUUUUAGUUUGCUGAACUGUUGGAAAAAACCCACCCUUUUGUCCCUAAGGAAAAGCACCCCUCUGGGCAAAGAAAUAAGAAUCAUAGCUGAGCUGCCCCCUUUGGCACUGACAGAGUGAGGGCUUCUGAGGGACCCACAAAUACCACAGUGUGCUUCCUUGACUAGGCCCAGGACAGUGGCAAACUUGCAAAGCAGGAAGGAGGGACCAAACUGACAAUUACAGAACUGAUGACAAAUCUAACCGUAGAGCAGCUCUGCUGAUGAUCUCCAGGCUAAGCUAGACAUGAGACCGUGGAGGGGAGGGGGCCAGUGCCAGGUGCAGGGUCACAUCCAUUCUAGGCUGCUGCAGCCCCUCUUGGCUUUUCCUCAUCACUUCAGUUCUGUUUGACCAUUUUCUUUUCUCUUUUUGUGCACAUGAGAAAUAAAAGCAAUUUUUUUUUUGUAUGUCAUUUUUGUGGCUUCUGACUUGUUUCUCUUUCCCUCUCCUACUCUCUCUCCCCCCCUCCUCAGCACUUCACUCUCCAGUAGAUUCCGCUUGAGGUCUCUGGGAUGUUACAUGUGUUGCACCUCACACCCUCGGGGCACCAUGUAAACAACACA